AAGCCAUCGUGCGCGGCCGGGCCCUCGUCCGGCACUGUCUCCUGGACAUCGUCACCGGCCCACGACUGGACCUCGGGGGCGGAGAGUCUGGCGGCAACGGAGGCGGGGGGUGGAGACGUCGUCGUCCGCUGGGCGCUGAGGGUCCGGCGACGUUCCGCGGAACGGGCGCGGCGGGGCUCAGGAUCGGCCGGGGCCAGACGAUCUCGUCGCUCGGAGGUCUGGCGUCUGAAGGUGGGAGGCCGGGGCAGGCCGACGCCGACCUUGCGGGACAGGCGGCGGGUGAGGUUGCUGGCGAGCGGUUUGCUGGUGCUGCUGCUGCGGCUGCGCGGGACGUCGCCGGGCGAGCUGGAGCGCGGGCUGUCGUCUCGAUGCAGCCAUCGUGCCAGUCCCAAUCGCUGCCACAUGCUCAGUUUCGGCGGAGGCGACGGGGGAGCCUUCUCAGGCUCGGGGAACAAACCGAAGAAGGAGCGCGACGGGCUGCCGGACGAGCUGGCGACGGAGAUGGCCAUGUGUCACUGUCCCGGAGGAGGAGAUCGGGCUGAAACGCGUCGACAGGCGCGAGAAGGGGACCUGGACAGCCGGCGAGACGGAGGAGAGACGUCCAUAUGA